CAUCAGUGUAAGUAGAAAGGCUGGGGACAGCUCACUGAGAGGAUGGCUUUGAUUCUGAUUCAUUAAGAAUCAUUCAUCAGCACAAAAAGCCAAGGAUGCAGAACGAAACAAAGAUGCAUACUCUAGCAGCAUGAUCAAGGAGACUUCAACAAGGAAAGCAUCAUUUCUAAAGCAGAAGAUAAGUUCUGCAGCUCAGAAAUUAAAAAUGGAUCUUCCAGAGCGGAAAUCAUGAGAGAGAAUCCAUUUGGGCAGUGGAGAAUCUGGAGCCUGGCCUUUUCCGGUUUCUGGAGGUCGUCUCCAUUCCUUGGCUUGUGGUCCCAAAGCCCAUCAUGUCACUGCAACCCGUGCUUUUCUUGAUCUACCUCCUUCCACCUUUGACCUCGUCUCUCUCUUUUAAGACCUUCCCUGUUAAGAUGUAUCCAGCAGGUCCAGGAUUCGGUGACUCCCCAGAGGGCUUCCCUGAACAACCAAGUCUCCAGCCACAAACUGGAAAUCGCACAGCUCAGACACUGGCUACUGAAAAUGCUUUCUUCACAUGUCGGAAAAAUGCCCUUUUGGCGAAAAGCUCGACCCCCCAGGUAGAGGGUGACUUUGCCAUGGCCCCUUGGGGCCCUGACCGGGAGGAGUGUGAGGGCCUGCUGCAGCAGUGGCAAGAAGAAGGGUUGAGCCAGGUGCUGUCAACUGUGAGUGAGGAUCCUCUUGCAGAUAAGGCACUAUCCCAGAGCAGCCUGGCAUUCCUGAUGGAUAAUCCUGGAGAACAGGAUGCUGCUUCAGAGGACAAGUGGACAAGCAGGGAACUGAGUGAGCUGCGGUCAGCAGAGACUCUGCAUGAACCUUUCCCUCAGGUGCUAGGAGAGGCGCUGGUGUCCGAGGUUGAGGCCCCUUUAUGGGCAGCUGUGCGUGUGCAGACAGGCUCCCAGUAUGCAGACUGUGCUGUACUCCCAGUGGGUGCCCUGGCUACAGAGCAGUGGGAAGAGGACCCUGCGGUGGUAGCCUGGAGCAUAGCACCGGAGCCUGUGCCCCAGCAAGAGACUUGCAUCUGGCCCUUUGAGGGCCUGGGGCAGUUACAGCCUCCCCUGAUGGAAAUACCAUAUCAUGAAAUCUUGUGGCGAGAAUGGGAGGAUUUCUCCACCCAGCCAGGUGCUCAGGGCCUGGAGGCAGGCGAUGGCCCUCAGUUCCAGUUCACUCUGAUGUCUUAUAAUAUCCUGGCCCAGGACCUGAUGCAGCAGAGCUCAGAGCUCUAUCUGCAUUGCCACCCAGACAUCCUCAGUUGGAACUAUCGCUUUGCAAACCUCAUGCAGGAAUUUCAGCACUGGGACCCUGAUAUCCUGUGUCUCCAGGAAGUUCAGGAAGACCAUUACUGGGAGCAGCUGGAGCCCGCUCUUCGACUGAUGGGCUUUACCUGUUUCUACAAGAGGAGAACUGGAUAUAAAAUGGAUGGCUGUGCGGUUUGCUAUAAGCCCACCAGAUUCCGUCUGCUCUGUGCCAGCCCUGUGGAGUAUUUCCGGCCUGGCUUGGACCUUCUCAAUCGGGACAAUGUGGGCUUAGUGUUGUUGCUGCAGCCACUAGUCCCAGAAGGCCUGGGACAAGUCUCAGUAGCCCCCUUGUGCGUGGCAAAUACCCAUGUCCUGUACAACCCACGGCGGGGUGAUGUCAAGCUGGCACAGAUGGCUAUUCUCCUGGCUGAAGUGGACAAAGUGGCCAGGUUGUCAGAUGGCAGUCACUGUCCUAUCAUCUUGUGUGGGGACCUGAAUUCCACACCUAAUUCACCUCUCUACAACUUCAUCAGAGAUGGAGAGCUCCACUAUGAUGGCAUGCCGGCCUGGAAGGUAUCUGGUCAGGAAGACUUCUCCCAUCAGCUUUACCAGCGGAAGUUGCAGGCCCCACUGUGGCCCAGCUCCCUGGGUAUCAAUGAUUGCUGUCAGUAUGUUACCUCCUGUCACCCUGAGAGAUCAGAGAGACGUAAGUAUAGCCGAGACUUCCUGCUACGUUUCCGCUUCUGCAGCAUCGCUUGUCACCAACCAGUAGGAUUGGUUCUCAUGGAAGGAGUGACAGACACUAAACCAGAACGACCUGCUGGUUGGUGUGAGUCUGUCCUUGAGGAGGACACAUCUGAGCCUGAGCCUGUCUUUCCCAGUCAGGUUCUUGGAAAUGGCACAACAGCCCAAGUUGUUCCCUGAUUCAGGAUUCUGACAACAAGGUCACUGUGUCCAUGGGACUCCAGAACGAGCUGCCUGGAAAGCCUGGGAAGGAAGAACUGAGGACUACAGGGGGACUGAAUCCCCUAGGCUGGAAGCAGGAGAGCCUCAGAUCCCACCCAGUCCUCCUUCCAGAGCAGGGAGCAGAGGUCUGGAGAGCCCGGGCUGCCAGACCCCCUGUCUGGGAGAAAGGAUACAUUCCCAGGAUCACGGCUUCCAGGCAUUUGAUUGGCAGAGCCUCUUUGGUCAUUUCCUUGGCCAGGUCCAUCAGCCUGUGGGAAAGUUAGGACUAUGAGGACAGCGAUUCCAGCCUCUUCUGGUGAGGGAGUAUCAGGAGGGCACAGGGUGGACCAGAAAUGCUGGAAGGAAAGAGUCCCACACCAAGCUGCCCACAGUCGGGAGCCAGAGGAGUGCAGUGGACAGGAGGCCGCUGGUGAUAAGGAAGCCCCCUCUCCUGCUGUCCCUUCUUUCACUUCCUCUCACGCCUGGCUCCAGCCUAGGACAAAGACCUGUGGAGGAGGGGAGCAUGCACAGCAGCAGGACCUCGACAACCACUGUGCUGGGACCUUCUCCAAUGGCAGUGGGGAGGUGGUGGGAUUUUGGCAUUGACCUCUUCCCUUCGGAGCACAGUGGACACUCCUGACCCAACCAUAGCUCCUCCCAAAAUCUUGCCAUUGACUCCAACCGCUCCUUGGCAGACUGAAUAUGGGACCUCAGGCAGACAGCCUCAAGACCCCCCCUACCUGCUCUUGAACUGAGAAUUCAGGCCAUUUAAGACAGCCUGUCCUGGAAGCCUGGCUCUUCCCUCCUCAACAAAUGCUGCCCCAGGCCUGGCCUUGCCUCAAGAAGGGCAACUAGACUCUUCCACCCCCUGGAGGCUGGGGCACACCGCCAGCACACUGCACCAACUGAACAGCAGGAAUACAGCUGAGGAGUUAGGGAGGCUGGAUUCCACCCAGGACUUUGAGAGAGUAAGUAAGGCCUCAAUGUUUCUGCAACCUUGGCUGGCUUCCCUGGGGUCUCUACCUGUCUCCUAAGCUUCCACUGAAAGACAAACCACAGGGCUCCCCAGAGGAUCCAACCCAGCCAGGGGCAUAUGAGCCUGGGGUACUUACCACUGCCUCCCUGUACUUACCCUGUCAGAGGUCUGCUCUUCUUAAUUUCAAAGAACUGUGUCCCUGUGUGAUUGUACCUGCAGGCCCUGGUUAAGGACUUCAUGGUUUGAUUUACAGGAGGGGGUCCCUUUGCCCUGCCCUGGCCCCAAAAUGGGGGCCCUGCACUCCCAGGGGUGCAGGUCAGAUAAGGACCUCACCAAGUUAAGAUACUGUGGAGCAUGCUUCAGGCUUGGUUCUCCCAGAAGGGAGAGGGCACAGCUACAGUACUAGCUUUCUCCUUCCUCCUCCCUUGCUCUCCCCUGGCCUCCCUUCCUAGGAUGGGAAACUGAGAAGGCAGCCAGCACUGGAAUUUCCUAACAGCUGGGAAGCAGUAGCAAGCGCAAGAGGCUGGAGGGGUAGGGAUCUGGCUCAGCCUGUCAGGUGCUCCCGAGCCCACCCGCCCUCCCCAGUCCACAGCAACCCCACUGGAAGACAGAUGAAAUCCUCAUGGAGCACAGAUGCCUCAAGGAUGGCAUCUCUGGAGUCUGGGCUGGGAAGGAGGCAGCUCAGCUGGUCCCUCGCCAACCUUUUCUGAAAUGAACCCACUUGGCCUUUGGGCCCAUCACACCAGCCAGCCAGAGGCCAUGGCCUUGGACCAGAGAGGAUACUGCAGCUCCCUGAUGUAGCGCUGCACGGCUUCCAGGCGCUCCGGGACUGGCAUAGACGGCUGGAAAGUAGGCACACUUGGUAUGGGAAUCUGGGAACACAGAAAGGGCUCUAGUCACAGGGUGCAGACUAUCCUGGGGGGAGCAGCCUCGCUUCCUCCCUACCCUGAGCAUCUUUCCCUGGCAGCCCUUCCUGGAACCUUCUCCCAGGGCCCCAUCCCAGCCUUCCUCCCCUUCUGGCACCUGACAUCAGGCAUUUCUAACAUGAAACUUACUGUUGAUAUUCCAGUUUUAUGCUUCUUUAAUAAUUUUAGAAAAACACAGGUUGACUCAUUGUUUUGAAUUUUAAAUAUCAAUUAACUUCAAGGCUUACCAAGAAUUCAGGCUGUUUUGGAAGUGGUUUGUUUGGGGCUUGGUCCUCAGUGUGGUGACUUUAAGAAAUGGGUUCCAGUGGGAGGCCACUAGGCCAUUUGGGGUGAGCCUCAGAAAAGAUGAAAACUGUUCUCUGGUUGUCAUAAAAGGAACAAGCCUGGCCCUGCCUCCUUGCUUUGGCUUUCUGUUUUGUGAUGUGCUCUCCCUUUUCUCACCUGGACUCCAGCCAUGAUGCCAUCUGCCACCAUCAGGCCCUCAUCAGAGGCGGAACUUUCAGCCUCAAAGCUCUGAGCUAAAUAAACCACUUUUCUUCCUAAGUACCUGCCU